GUGCCGCGGAGUUGGAGCGGGGCCGGCGCCGCGGCCGCUUCUGCUUGCCGAUCUGCUGCCGCCUCCGGGCGGACGGGCGGACGCUCGGAGCUGGGGUCGGCGCGGCGGUGCCGGCGGGGCGCGGCGGGGCUGACCGGCCCCGAUGAGGCGUAAGGAGAAGCGGCUCCUGCAGGCUGUGGCGCUGGUGCUGGCGGCCCUGGUCCUCCUUCCCAACGUGGGGCUCUGGGCGCUGUACCGCGAGCGGCAGCCCGACGGCACCCCCGGGGGAUCGGGGGCGGCGGUGGCCCCGGCGGCAGGACAGGGCUCACACAAUCGGCAAAAGAAGACACUUUUCCUUGGAGAUGGGCAGAAACUGAAGGACUGGCACGACAAGGAGGCCAUCUGGAGGGACGCUCAGCGCGGAGGAAAUGGAGAACAAGGGAGGCCUUACCCCAUGACUGACGCUGAGCAAGUGGAUCAGGCAUACCGAGAAAAUGGAUUUAACAUCUACGUCAGUGAUAAAAUCUCCCUGAAUCGUUCUCUCCCUGACAUUCGGCAUCCAAACUGCAACAGCAAACGCUACCUGGAGACGCUCCCCAACACCAGCAUCAUCAUCCCCUUUCACAAUGAGGGCUGGUCCUCCCUCCUGCGCACCGUCCACAGUGUGCUGAACCGCUCUCCCCCGGAGCUGGUCGCCGAGAUUGUGCUGGUUGACGACUUCAGUGAUCGAGAGCACCUGAAAAAGCCCCUGGAAGCCUACAUGGCCCUUUUCCCCAGCGUGAGGAUUCUCCGAACCAAGAAACGGGAAGGGCUGAUCAGGACCCGAAUGCUGGGGGCCUCAGUGGCCACUGGGGAUGUCAUCACAUUCUUGGAUUCACACUGUGAAGCCAAUGUCAACUGGCUUCCACCCUUGCUUGACCGCAUCGCUCGGAACCGCAAGACCAUUGUGUGCCCCAUGAUCGACGUGAUUGACCACGAUGACUUUCGGUACGAGACACAGGCGGGGGAUGCCAUGCGGGGCGCCUUUGACUGGGAGAUGUACUACAAGCGGAUCCCGAUCCCACCAGAACUGCAGAAGGCUGACCCUAGCGACCCAUUUGAGUCUCCUGUGAUGGCCGGUGGACUGUUCGCUGUAGAUCGGAAGUGGUUCUGGGAGCUGGGCGGGUACGACCCAGGCUUGGAGAUCUGGGGAGGGGAGCAGUAUGAAAUCUCGUUCAAGGUGUGGAUGUGCGGGGGCCGUAUGGAGGACAUCCCCUGCUCUAGGGUGGGCCAUAUCUACAGGAAGUAUGUGCCCUACAAGGUCCCUGCUGGAGUCAGCCUGGCCCGGAACCUUAAGCGAGUGGCGGAAGUAUGGAUGGACGAAUAUGCUGAGUACAUUUACCAGCGCCGACCCGAGUACCGCCACCUCUCUGCUGGGGACGUAGCAGCCCAGAAAAGGCUCCGCACCUCCCUCAAUUGCAAGAGUUUCAAAUGGUUUAUGACCAAGAUUGCCUGGGACCUGCCCAAGUUCUACCCACCCGUGGAACCUCCAGCAGCAGCCUGGGGGGAGAUCCGCAAUGUGGGCACGGGACUGUGUGCAGACACGAAGCAUGGGGCCCUGGGCUCCCCUCUGAGGCUGGAGAGCUGUGUCCAGGGUCGCGGAGAGGCUGCCUGGAACAACAUGCAGGUAUUCACCUUCACCUGGAGAGAAGACAUCAGGCCUGGAGACCCCCAGCACACCAAGAAGUUCUGCUUCGAUGCCAUCUCCCACACCAGCCCCGUCACCCUCUAUGACUGCCACAGCAUGAAGGGCAACCAGCUAUGGAAAUACCGCAAAGACAAGACCCUGUACCACCCCGUCAGUGGCAGCUGUAUGGACUGCAGUGAAAGUGACCACAGGAUCUUCAUGAAUGCCUGCAACCCUUCUUCUCUCACCCAGCAGUGGCUAUUUGAACACACCAACUCAACAGUCUUGGAAAAAUUUAAUAGAAACUGAGCCCUCAUAUCCCCUUGGCAGGCCUAUUGGGUCACCUCUGCCACUCACUGCUCCCUUCGUCUUCUGGGAGGCAAGGCCUCUGUGGGCAGCAUGUGUACAAAGUGCCCACCACACGGUUCAGAGUGAGCUGGAGGAUGGGGUCUGCCUGCUCCUUCAGCCCCUGAGUCAUGGGGUGCUGUGGAAAGCAGAGCCCACAGAGAGUGGAUCCUUGCUGGCAUCACGGAAAAUUGGCAGGGCCUUUCCAACUUUGUCAUCAUGUCCCCUUGAGCAUUAUGCAGGAGAAUAGCAGGGCAGUGCUAGGCCACCCAAAAGUGAGUCCUGCGAGGUUGUGCAGCCCUCAGGUGGCUCUCCAACGUGACGGUGCUUUAAAUGAAAGGCAAAAUGUGCCUGUGUGGGCAGCUUUUAGCACCGCUGCCACCCAUCUGCAGCAGAAGAGAAAGACGUCCUGUCAGGGCCUUUAGUUUCUGCUGUCUUGGGGGAAACUCCAAGUACUGCUCAGCUUCUGUCCUCAGUCACAGCCCCAGAUGAUCCAGUCAAAGGCCAUACCCAGAACCCUCAGAGCAUUCAGUACCUAAGGCAGCAUUUUGAAAUGCCCGUUUAAAUGCUCUCCAGGUACAAGGAUGGCCCAGAUACCAGCUUUUCGGGGCUGUGUUUCAGAUGCCCUUGAGUCCAUGGAAAAGUCCAAGUAGAAGAUCUCCAAACUAGAAACGCUGGCUGGACAUCCCCCAUUCAUGCUUCCAUUUCCCUCUCUUGCUCCCAAGCAGUUACCUGCCUCAAGAGAAGAAGAGAGGGGCUACCAGGUGCUUGCCUUACACAUCUGGAGGCCUCCAGGAUCAACUAUAGGCAAGAUGCCUCGCCUCUGACCUCACCGUGGUUCUGGUUGUCACACAGAACUCCAGAAUUCUCAAAUGACUCUGUAAUUCGAUCGCAAAUGAGAAUGGUACAUAGGAUUCAGGUAUUCCAGCAUCCAAUAUGGAUUUCUAGAACGCUAUGUUUAAAGCAGCUAGCCAGGUGUGAUAUAAUCCAGGCAGCCCCCCAGCCUAGAAACAAUCUGUGAAAUCCAAAGUGGGUGGUGGUGUUGGGGAUGCGGGGAGCAGGGGGGACCUGUGUCCACCAGCUCAUACCAGGGGCUUUGGUACAGUGUGGUUCUCAGCAAAGACCUGAAGAUGGAGAAUCUUCCACCAUCAUCACAGCUGCAGUCUUAUUUAGUGAAAAGAACUUGAUGUACCAUGGCCAGACGUACACCCAGUUCCUUGCCAGCCCUUCAUGUUUACCUUUUGCUUUGUUAAUUACCUGUCAGGCUCCCAGAGGGCCUCCAGACUAAUAGGAAUCAUUUCUUUAACCAACCCACCACCCACUGAUUCAGAAAUGGAAAUCACAUUGCACAACCUAAGGCUUCCACCAGCUAGCCUAGGAAAUACUUGAAAUUAGCAUUCCAGUUAGAGUUGGGUCUUUUGAUUGUGUCAUUUACCAAUUAAAUAACUGAGACAUAAGUCUGGGAAGAAAGCCACAAAUCUGCCUUUGAGAUGCUGGCUGAUCUCAAGGCCAUCAAUUAUGGGGGGGAGUAGGGAAGGAUGAACACCCCCAACCAUCACCACCCAGGGCGAACGUGUGCAGCUGGCAAAGGAUUACUUCAGCUCCUGCCCCAGCACAAGCCCUGCUCUGCCCACCUGGCCACAAGAGAGGCAGCCCCCAUGCUUGCACAGCUUGCGCGUUAAUCCCUGUUGUCCAUUUCCAAACAAGUGCUAUAUCUUUAGAAGUGGCCCUCUGUAGAAAGGAGUCAAAAGAUGAGGCCCCUUCUAGAAUCUAUAAAAAGAGUGUUGCUAGUUUGGGGAGUUGAAAUUGAGAUUCAUUAUUACAGAGCAAUGCAGCAUAAUUUAAAUAAAAACUGUGCCUUUUAAAAAAGAAAAAAUGCAAAUAUACAGCAAAUCCCUAAACUUGAACCAUUUCCUAGUGCCUUGCUAGACAAACAUAAAGGGGCAGGGUUGGGGGGAGGGGGAAUAUUUUUGGUGGGGUGUGCAGUUCCUAUUGGUUCAGCGUGUGUUUCUUAAUGUCUAAUUUCAAGCAGGAGAUAUCAGGCAUCUAGGCAAGAUUUGAGACUGAGAUGCCUCCCAAAGGCCAGAGUUGUUACAGUCAGUCAAGUCACACUCCAAAUUCAAAGGCAGCUGGGCACCUCAUUUAGCCUGUGGACUAGGAGAGCCUCUGCAGCCUCUCUGACAGAAGGCCUGGCAUUACCUCCCUGGGCUCCAUUUGGGGGCAGUGCCUGUGGUCCCCAGCGCCCCCCGAAACAGAGUGCUUGUCCUGGGCUUAGGGAGUGCAGAGCCCUGGCUGGGCUUCCAAAUAGUCCCACUCCAAGUGGGUGGCAGUGUUCUGGUCAAGGCCAGGACUUCUGUGGAAAACAGAAGCAGCAGCAAGCCAUCCUCAGCCUUCCUUUUCCCAUGCUCUGGCUCUCCUUUCCAGCCUGGUUUCACACCCUAAACAGGGACGGACAUGUCCUCCAAGCACUCUAGAAUUAGCAGUGGCUGAGCCCACAUCAGUAGGUCCUGGGACUUGUCAAAGUGUACAGGAGAAGAGAGAACAGCACUUUAGGGGCUCAAUUUCACUGAUCAACUGACCAAUUAUCAAUGCUAAACCACUCAUUGUUUCGGCCUCAUUUCUGAAAACCACCUGUCUCAAGGAUUGAGGUUUCAGCUCACAUCUUUAGCUUCACUCAAUAAAACUGAGCCAGGAGCCUAUGGGAAUGGGUGAGAAUGACGGCCCCUUUCCUCUAAUACCAUUACUCAAGGAUGAGGUCACAAAAAAAAAGGUGUAGUUAGAAAGUAUUGUGACCCUGUGGUCUACCAGCAGCCUUUCAGAAGGGGACUACAAAAGCGUAUCGGAAUGCAAACAGUAUCUUUGCUGUAAGUACAAGGCCUUUGGAUGUGGCUAAAUUUGCAGAUAUGUGUGAAAAGCCAUUCCAUUUUCUGCUUCCAGUUGGAGCUUUCAACUUUGAAAAUAGUGCAGGAACUGUUGAUUCUUCCCUUUAGGAAAAAAUAGCUCAGAGGCAGAGGAAGGUGCAUGUGCAAAAAGGAUCUGUUGUGAGGGGUGGGUGGGGAGACCGUGAGGGAGGGACGAGGUGACAUCAGGUGCAAGAGAAAAAGAGCAGCUUUUUGUUGAAGAUGUACCAUAUGGAUCCAAAAUCUAUGUUACAGUCACUUUUCAAACCUCCUACCUAUUGAAUUUCAUUUUCUCCUUAAGAAAUAGGUGAUGUUUUUGAAAAGAGCUCCCAACUUCUUUCCGAACAGCUUCAUUUUUCUAGUCUCUGGAUUCUCAAAGGAGUGGCAAAGCACUUUACAGUAGUAACUGAUCCAGAUUCCUUGCUUCAAUGAUACCUAGUUUGUACAGAUUGGGAAAUCUUUAAUAAUUCCUAGGAGGCAAUGCAUUUUUAAUGUUUUCUAAAGAUUUGUAAGUGUGGUGAGGGUCAAGUUCUGUCUGGAAGUCUUUAUUGCUUUCAACUAAUACUCUUUGUGAAAGAUCCAAGGGAUAUUUUAAUUCAAACUUGAUCAUGAGCCAAGGCCCACUGCCACCUCUGGGGUGGGAGCUGGACUUACAUACCAAGUAACAAGGUCAUCUUAACAUCUACUUCCAAAUGGCUUUGAUUCAUCUGUGCCAGACAACAGAGUCCAGCCCCUGCUCUGUUACUGGCUUGAAGACUAGGAUUCCAAAGGGAGUAGUAUUUGGGCAGAGAGUAUUUGGGAAGUCAGACUGGGAUUCUGUAGAGAAAGCGCAAGACCACCAACCUCUUCUCCUGCCUAGAAAAGUGAGCCUUUGUGAAGAACUGACUUACUAUGUACUAUUGUGAUUGUGAUUGUUGAGUAAAGCUCCAAAAUUUCUGUA